UGAAGAUGCCUUGAUGGACUUUCACUUUGUUUGACACUCGCAAACAUAUUCUAUUUCCUCUCUAUUUGCUGCUGUUGAUGCCUUGGUCAAGUUGGUGCAGUACUAGUGGAUACAGAAACGUUGAACUGGCAGAGCUGCAUGACUUUGUCCAUCUAGGAAAAAGCCAUGACAGCAGCUGCAGAGGCCUGUCACCGUACCCUUGUAGUGUUUGAUUUCGAUCAGUCGCUGCUUGAGGAUGAUACAGAUCGCUGGUCAAUGAAACUUGGCGGUGACGAGGCAGCUGCUUUGCGGGCCUCACGUGGACGAGAUGAUUGCUGGACAGAUCUGAUGGGUGAGAUAUUCGCGGUGAUUCAUAGCAAAGGUGUUGGAAGGGAGCAGUUUGAAGCGCACAUGCAAGGCAUGGUUAUUCACACCGACAUGCUGGCUGCAUGUAAACUGAUGGAAGGCCGAACCGAUGUUGACUGUUUCAUUCUGUCCGACUCCAACUCAGUGUUCAUCGAUGUCCUUCUCGAGCGCUACGUCUUGAAAAAUCUGUUCAAGCGUGUCGUCACCAAUCCAGCUCACUUUGAUGAAAAUGGUUGCUUGCGCAUUCAGCACUGCCAUUCGCAUUCCUGCGCCACCUGUGUGCUGAAUCUCUGUAAAGCAGAGUUCAUGAGUGAAUUCAUAGCCACCACGCCAUACGCACGGAAGGUUUACAUUGGCGAUGGCGGCGGCGAUCUUCAUGCAGCGUUGCAGCUCUCGCCAGGUGACACUCUCCUGGCACGGCGAGGCUAUCCUCUCAUGAAGAAGCUGGCAACUCCGGCGGGGCAGGACUUCAAAGCCAAUCUUGUGCCUUGGGACAGUGGAACGGAUGUUCUGAGCUGGUUCCAGAAACACUUAUCAAGCUAGUCACUGUGCAGCUAGUGAGACUAUCUAUCAUAACUAGAGUACACUCCUCACAGUCUACAGUCAUCCGUAGUAGCUGUCCGUCUAGCCAUUACACAUAGUAUUACAUUAUACCCUUUAAUACCCUGUCAUAGUAUGCUGUGCAUAUUUUCAGGUUCACAUUUUAGAAGCUGUUAUUGUUAUUUAUUUAGUAGUAAUACAUGUACACGUAGAUAAUGUACUUGAAGUCCAGGGUGGUUGGUGUCUGCUGGUCGGCAUUGUCUUCUUGUAGAACUGAACUCGUACAUACAAUGAUACAAUACAAUUGAAUGUAUCAUAGCCUUGUAUACAUGUACUGUCACAUGGUGAUGUACACUGUAGAGUAUAAUGUUAUCUCUUAUUUAUUCUGGCACAUGCACACUUAAUUUUCAACACCAAUGCCUCUACGCACACUUCCGUGUGUUUCCCCUUGCAUGCAAAGAGUGCAUGGGAUCACAAGAGAAACUGCAAACAUGUGAAGUCAAUCGGAAUGAUUCUUUCUCAA